GGAAAUCAGUGCGAUGCAAUCACUUCCCUCGUAAUAGUGUCAGUGUCAAAUUGAAUUCCUCAACUCAUCAGAGUAAAAAGUUGGUCGGUUUAACCCACCGGGAAGAAGUGGAGUACUGAAAGAGACAGGCGUCACGACGAGAAUUACAUAAAGACCCCGAAAGGAGGAAAGAACAUCAGGAAGAGAUGCACAAAGGGACGAGCACGGUGAAGCUGUAAUCUUUCGCAUCUCGCUGUAGUCGAGGGAUAAUUAUUUUUAAACCAAAGUGGACUCGAGAUGAUGAUACGCAUCUACCUGGUGCUCCUGUGUUCGUGUAUGGCUAGAGGAAAAAUUGGUUACUUCUGGCACAUUACGGACAUUCAUUACGACCCGAAAUAUUCGUCCCAGGGUAACACAGACAGUAUGUGCUGGAAUAUAAGGACGGAUAUUGACAGCGGGGGGAUAAGACCGGCGAGGCGAGUCGCUGGUAUUUUUGGCAACUACACCUGUGAUUCACCGUGGGCACUGAUAGAAUCAGCAGUACACGCUAUGAAAUCGAAUCAACCCGACGAGGGAACCGAGUUCGUUCUCUGGACAGGCGAUGCAGUGACUCACAACAGCGAAAUGAGCGAGGAGUUGCGUCUGCAGUCCAUGAAGAAUCUUACGGAUCUAUUGUCCCACACAUUCUCAAGCCAAUUUGUGUUCCCCGCUCUAGGACACGAGGACGUCGGCUUGAACUUCAGCCAGACCGCGAUUUUGUGGAAGCACUGGCUGCCGAGCGAGGCUCUCCAAACCUUUGAAAAAUCUGGUUACUAUACAAUCGAACAGAAGUCAAAAAAAUAUCGCAUAAUAUCACUCAACACAAAUCUGUGGUUAAAUUCAGUCACAGGUGUUGACAAUCGUGUUUCACAGCAUCACCAGAAUCAGCGCACAGGUGCAUCAACGGGGAAUGACAACAUGGAUGACCCACACGGCCAGUGGGACUGGUUUGAUAAAAUUCUACGUUCAGCAAAGGAGAAAAAGGAAAAAGUGUACAUUGUUGGCCAUACACCGCCGGGUGUUGACGAAAGGGCAAGCGGCGCUAGUCUCCUUCAGGAUUCUCACAACAGGCGUUAUCUACAGCUUGUACGACGUUAUGCGAGCAUAAUUGGGGGACAAUUCUAUGGACACUGGCACUCAGAUACCUUUCGGACUAUAUACGAUGAAGGAGUGCCUGUAUCGUGGAUCAUGAUAGCGCCGAGUAUCACUCCGGGUCGGCCAAACUUCCCGAAUAAUCCAGGACUGAGAUUGUACAAGUAUGAAACUAGCUCGGGAAAGAUAUUAGAUUAUACACAGUGGUAUCUGGAUCUGCAGGAGGCCAAUGCAAAGGGCCGGGCUAACUGGCAGGAGCAGUACUCUCUGCUGUCGUAUUAUGAACUCAAAGAUAUUAAUGCCAAGAAUUUACACGAUCUCGCUGGGAGAUUUGUGAAGACCAAUGAUAAUGCUUUUACUAGAUACUACGCAGCGAAUACAGUAUUUCUACCACGUGAAGUUGCCCAUCGUACUGGAUGUGGUGGUGCCCUGAGUGGUACUUGUGCACACCAACACUGGUGUUCCGUCACGUGUGUCAACCCAGGCUCAUACACCGAUUGUAUAUCGUUGAAUGCAUACGCCCUUGCUGAGGCAUGCUCACCAGCACCACGUUUCUACAUUGCCCUACAUGUAGUUUCUGCACUGGGUUGUCUACUUCUCAGCCGGUAGACUAUACCACGAGGGGAAUCAUUUCCACGUGUAAUCAUCAUACAAAACCCACCUCUAUCAUCACCAUUCUUCCUACCCAUCCUCACUAUAUCGUUAACAAAGCCCCUGUCUAUCCUCGUUUGGCUUUGAUGAAAGACACGAUGCUAUGGAUACGAUGAGAUCAAUGAAUGGAGAUGGCCCACACGUCCAUUAUCGUUGGGUUUUCAUUUUAUGUUAAAUGUAAAUGCUGGUGCUUGUUACAACUAAUUGGUCCUGAUAAUUUUUUUAAAUCUUUUAGUUUUCUUCGUUGAUCGUUAAAGAUAACAAUGGAAAAAUCUGUUGAUUGACUUUAUUCAGUGUUAAUGAGGUAGAAAGUGGAAAAGAGAGUAACGAAAAUUCUAAAAGUAGAUAUCUCAUCUUCAGCUGUGUGAUACUUACCACUCUUCGAAUUAUCGAUUAAAACUUCAUUGUUGAGAUAUUUUUCCAUUAUCGGGGGAAUUUUUUUUCACCCCCUUCUCUCAAUCUUCGAGAUGUUCAAGUCUCAAAGGAGGUGAGAGAGGAUAAAAGUAAAGAUGGUGGUAUUAAUAAUUAAAUCAUGCAACUUUAACGACGAUGGGGAAUUGACUGAGUACGGUGAGCAAGCAUUGAUUUUAUUCAUCGAUAUGUAAUAUGUAAAUUGUUUGAGUGUUAAUUCAACCGGGGAGAUGCUACCCUCGGACAAUUCCAUCGUCUGGUGGAUGAGAGAGAUGGAGAAUAAAUGAAAUCGUCGACAUUGUUGUUGUUGUGUGUCAGUGUUUUUCCCGCUCACGGUAUCCCUGCUGCGAAUAUUCGGGUUGUGUCAAAUGAUGACGUAAAUUAAAUUUUAAGGGUGAGAACAGUCUCAGCGUUUUGACUGAUUAAAAUUUCCAGUGAGAUGAGAGAUUGUGGAUUAGUUUCGGGUGGUUGAUGAGAAUUUUUAUGCUUGGGUUCAAUUUUGGCAGCUGUUUUGGUUAAAUAUCUGUUGGUGAGAGUUAAUCGGGGUCAUGGGGGUUGAUCUGAGGGUCAAGAAUGAAUUAUAGGGAUCAAACUGACCUGUUAGAAUUAAUUUCUUUUGUAUUUCAUUGAUCCGUGAAGGGCAACUCUGAGUUGACCCAUGAGGGUCAAUUAUGAGGGUCAAUCGCCAGUCAAAUUGAGGGCCAAACGUUAGUUAAAUUGAGGGUAAAAAAUAGGAUUUGAUUGACUGAUGGUUGAGGGUCAAAACGCGUGGGUCAAACUACUUCGUUAUGUUGAUCUUCGGCUUGACCUACACUUAAAAACCAUGGGUUAAGCCUUUGUUUAACCCUCAGUUCAAGUGUUUUCACUCAUUAAAAUGUUCUGCGACAUGAGAGAUUGUGGAUCAAUUUAGGUGUUUGAUGAGCAAUGUUUCUUUUAAAUAAAUAACAGCCCUUGAGAAUUCUUAUAUGAAGGAUGAGAGUCAACCGAGGUCAUAUGGGUCGCACGGAGGGUUAAGAAUGAGGGUUCAAUUACAGGGAUCAAACUGACCUGUUAUAGUUUUAUAUUUCAUUGACACAUGAGGGUUAACCCUUCGCUGAUCCUCGAGGGUCAAGUGACGAGGGUCGAGCGCGAGUUAAACUAAAGGUCAACAAGAGAUUCUAGAUAGAGGAGUUAACAUUGAGGGUCUUCAAUCUUCAAUUUGACCCAUACUCAAAGGUCAUGGGGUAAACCCUUAUUUGACCCUCAGUUCGAGCUUUUCAGCAGAUUAAAAUGUCCAGUGAAAUGAGAGAUUGUCGAUUAAUUCAGAUGUUUGAUGAACCAUGUUUUAUUUUAAUCAUUUGAGGGUCAAAUAAUAAGGGUCAAUUGAGGUCAUGUGGAUCUAAAUGACGGUCAACAAUGCGGGUCCGAUUAGAAGACUCAACUUAGAAAAUUAAAUCGCAUGAGUCAACCUUACUCGUCAUAUUGACCUUCAAUUUGACCCAUUCUAUUCAUCAAAUUGGCUCUCGCCCUUCACAGGGUCAACUCCAAGUCACAUCCUAUGGGUUAAAGCCCUGUUUGACCCUCGCUUUGGCCCAUACAAUCGUUCAAUGCAGCACUGUCUAUUGAAAUAUCUCGAAAACCGUUGAAAACUCCCGAAAAUGUGUCGCACACAAAAUGUGCGGAAUUUCAUACCAAAUGGAUUUUGCCAAUAUCUUUGAAUGCCAAUGUUUCGAGGACUAUGAGCCAUAACCUUACACAAAAACCAUUUCAUCUGAUGAAUCUUCCUACAUUUGUCAUGCAAAACGUCUUCAUGACUCUUCUGUGGUUCCCGGGAUAUUUGUAUUGUCAACGCGACGUUCAGAUGUUUGCGAACUGUCGCAUAAGUUUUUCCAUGAUGAUGUCAAUCAUAACAGUAUCAGAGCUAUCUCGUUACGGCCGACGAUUACAGCCAUCAAAGCCAUAUAAAUCCAAAUGGAAGGCAUCGAAAGGGGUUUUGGGUGAUUAUGAUAGCAUAAUGAAGCCCUUGGUACAAUCCAAUGGCAUUCGAGAAUUUCAUACCUCCCCUCUAUAACCCAGAAAGUAUCAGAUUCAAUGAGCAGUAAUCGUCAGUGUAAAUUCAACCCUUUGGAGUACUUGAAUAUAUUUGUAAUAUCUGUUACCCAUUGUGUUUAAUAUCUAGAAAUAUUUAGAAAUGAUGUAAACAAUUUUGUUCAAUUUUUCUAUGAAAAUGAGAAAAAACUUGAUAAGUAAGUGGCAAUUAUGAAUGCAGCUUGCGACGCAAAAAUUCUGUCGCUCUCAGUGUCAUGCAAUUACUAUGAUCCAUGCAUAAUUUCUUAAUAAAUAAAAAAAUUAUAUGAUCAA